AUGAGGAAAGGAGGUGACGCGCUCUCCCCUUCUGGAACAACACAGAGUGGAAAAGGUAUGCAGAACAAGAGUCAGUUUAGGACGAUUGCACCGAAAAUUGUGCCUAAAGCCCUGCCGUCCAGAGCACUGCCAUGCCAUUCCCAGUCACUCUCUGAACACCUUCUUCCAGGACCCACCAUCACUUCCAAGCCACUGGUCAUGCCUUCCCCCAACUAUGCCCUGAUGCAGGUCGCCGGCCACGAGGGGACCUUUUCUCUUGUCGCUUUGCCACAUGUUGCCGCAGGACAGCCAAUCCAGAAACCCCGAAUGGCCCUGCCUGAAAACCUUAAACUGCCGAUUCCUCGGUACCAGCCCCGGAGAAACAAUAGCACAUCAAGAAAGAGAGCCCGCGUGAACUCGGAGAAUAGCUGUAGUAAACCUCCUGCCCAAACUCAGACGCCCCCUCCCGCACCCAGCCACCCGGAACGCCCCCACAAAGCCAUAUCACCUGACCAAGCACUGUCGCUAGAUGAAGGCCCAGUCACUGCCUGCACGGCUGCUCUGCCCAGUGGAGGGGACCUCAGAGACACUCCUGCCACCCCGAGGCCUUCCGCUCCGCAGGAGCCCUCAGCAGAGCAGACCCACCCAAGGGUCUCAGGGCCAGCAAACUUGGCAAGCAAGAAACCCUGCAGUAAGCCUUCAACUGUCCAUCUUGCAAAAGCCAUGACCUGUUUGUCACCAGCAGUGUUUAACAACACAGUUCAAUUCAUCUCUUCUGUCCCCAAAGGUAAAUUGCCUAUCUUACCCUACUCGAGAGUGGAGAAAACAACAGAGUUCUGCAAAAGGGAGCCAGAUGCUGACGUUGCUGAUUUGUCCUUACCUGGGCAUGGGGCCGACUGUGAGCAAAUGGCCUCCAGCCCAGAAGGCAUCAGUGCAGCCACCAAAAUGACUGACAAGAUCCCUGCCCCACCAGUGUCCAGGCCAGCUCCCUGUGACAAUCCCUUCUGUCCAGCCCCCAAGCCAGAGCUUAGCCACAAAGCAAAACUGAACAACGGUGGGGCAACCAGGAGAAGAGCAAGAAAACAAAAGUUACCAGAUGAAGUGGUGGCAUUUCAGGGGAAAAGGAGGAAAUGCAUCAUUAAUAAGUUUAGAGAUGGUAAAGAAAGGGUAAAACAUGAUCCCCAAGAAUCCAGAAACCAAAAGCCUGUGAAAAAAUACCGUAGCAUUAUGCCCAAGCCUAUGCUUAUCAUGCCAGCAUUAGCUUCCCUGGCCUCUCCUGCAGCUACGCUACAGUCUCACACUCCCAGAAGCCUCGGGCAGGACACCGGGGUCAAUCCCUUGCUCCCUUACAAAGCCCUCGGCUAUAAGCAGAAUGACAGUCCUUACACUAAGCCCGGCUUCGCCUUCAGAAAUGGAUGCUCUGGUACAAAGCAGCCUUGGCACAUAUGUCAGGUCUGUAAGCACCACUUCCAGUUCAAGCAGCACCUUCGAGACCAUAUGAACACGCACACUAACAGACGGCCGUACAGUUGCCGCAUCUGUCGCAAGACAUACGUCCGUUCUGGCAGCCUGAGCACACACAUGAAGCUUCACCAUGGUGAGAACCGUCCAAAGAGACUCCUGUGCUGUGAAUUUUGUGCAAAAGUGUUCGGUCACGUAAGGGUCUAUUUUGGCCAUCUAAAGGAAGUCCACAGGGUCGUGAUCAGCACCGAGCCCUCCCCCAGCGAACCACAGCCAGGAGGCACGCCAGAGACCAGAGACUCCAGUGAGCCAGUGGAGAGGGAAAGCAAAUCAAGCCUGGAAGAAGACCUCCUCCUAAACCAGGUGGACGAUGUCAAGUUGCAAAUCAAAUGCGGCCGUUGUCAGAUCACGACUCAGUCUUUUGCAGAAAUAAAGUUUCAUUUACUGUAUGUUCAUGGAGAGGAAAUUCAGGGCCGACUUCAGGAAGGGGUUUUACCAGGAAGCAAAGGAGCUCGGGAAGAAUUGGUUAAACAGGCUGCUCCUUCCUGGAGACAGUGUCCCGAGAGAAGAAACCUGGGGAAGCUCUGUUCCUCUGAAGGGGAAGGACCUAUGCUUCCCAAAUUGAAAAGGCAACUCUACCUUCAUCAACACAAUAACUUGCGAAUACAAACCAGAAACCAUGGGGCCCAACCCCAAGUGAGUGAGCCAGGAAAGGACCCCGAGGGCCCUAAGCACCAGACUCCUGACACCAUUCUCUUUUGCUCCCGCUCAGGCUUCAACUGCCUCCUCUGCACACAGACCCUGGGGAAGAGGGAGGAGCUUCUCCUCCACUGGGAACAGCAGCAUAACUGUGAAGACCCCUCCCGGCUCUGGGCCAUCCUAAAUGCACUCUCGAACCAGGGCGCCAUCGAGUUUCCCCAUGAAAUGCAAACCUGA